AGGGGAGAGAGGGGGCCAUCGCCUAAACAUGCUGAGUUUCUUGCUGCUUCUCCUGGGACUAGGCUCUGUGUUCGGUGUCCUCGUCUCUCAAAAGCCAAGCAGGGACAUCUGUCAACACGCCGCAGUGAAGAUCCAGUGUCAGGUGGAUACUCAAGUCACUUCCAUGUUCUGGUACCGCCAGCCCCCAGGACAGGGCUUGACACUGAUUGCAACUGCGAACCAGGGCUCAGAGGCCACGUAUAAGAGUGGAUUCACCAAGGACAAGUUCCCCAUCAACUACCCAAACUUGACCUUCUCCACUCUCACUGUGACAAAGAGCAGCCCCGAGGACAGUGGCAUCUACCUGUGCACUGCUGAGCUGGGUUUGCCACAGGGUGCUAUGCUGUGUGGCAACCAGGCGCAGCACUUUGGAGAGGGGACGCGGCUCUCUGUCCUAGACAACCUGACCAAGGUGAACCCGCCCAAGGUGGCCGUGUUUGAGCCCUCAGAGGUCGAGAUCUCCCGAACCCAGAAGGCCACGCUCGUGUGCCUAGCCACCGGCUUCUACCCCGACCACGUGGAGCUGAGCUGGUGGGUGAAUGGCAAGAUGGCCCUCAGCGGGGUCAGCACGGCCCCCGAGCCGCGGCUGGAGCCCAGCGCCGAUAACUCCAGCUACUGCCUGAGCAGCCGCCUGAGAGUGUCGGCCGCCUUCUGGCACAAUCCCCGCAACCACUUCCGCUGCCAGGUCCAGUUCUAUGGGCUCUCGGCCGACGACGAGUGGGGAGAGACCCGGCCCAAGCCCGUCACCCAGAACGUCAGUGCCGUGGUCUGGGGCCGUGCAGACUGUGGCCUCUCCUCGGUUUCCUACCAGCGGGGGGUCCUGUCGGCCACUGUCCUCUACGAGGUCCUGCUGGGGAAAGCGGCCCUGUACGCCGUGCUGGUCAGCGCCCUCGUGCUGAUGGCCAUGGCCAAGAAGAAGGAGUCCUUACACCAGCCCCUGCCACUUGUGCUUCCUGCCCCUGCCCAGGGGGAGGGGGAGGGGGAGGGGGAGGGGGAGGCGGCAUUUUUGUUCCACGGUGGAACAUUGUGGGGACUUGGGGGUAGCACGCUGAUUCAGGUAAAGGAGGAGCUUUUACAAAAAGCCCUGCGUGAGAAAUACCCUACCAGCACAGGGGAAAUGCGGAUGCGGCAGGGGCGGGGAAGGGAGAAUUCUUGGCGCCCCUUCCCACUGUGCUACAAUGAGCAGUACUUCGGGCAGGGGACCCGGCUCACCGUGGUAGACAACCUGACCAAGGUGAACCCGCCCAAGGUGGCCGUGUUUGAGCCCUCAGAGGUCGAGAUCUCCCGAACCCAGAAGGCCACGCUCGUGUGCCUGGCCACCGGCUUCUACCCCGACCACGUGGAGCUGAGCUGGUGGGUGAAUGGCAAGAUGGCCCUCAGCGGGGUCAGCACGGACCCCGAGCCGCGGCUGGAGCCCAGCGCCGAUAACUCCAGCUACUGCCUGAGCAGCCGCCUGAGAGUGUCGGCCGCCUUCUGGCACAAUCCCCGCAACCACUUCCGCUGCCAGGUCCAGUUCUACGGGCUCUCGGCCGACGACGAGUGGAGCGAGACCCGGCCCAAGCCCGUCACCCAGAACGUCAGUGCCGUGGUCUGGGGCCGUGCAGACUGUGGCCUCUCCUCGGGCCAAGAAAAAGGACUCCUGAGCCGGAAAGCACCCACCCAAACUGGCCUCCAGAGAAGCUCAUCCCUUGCACCCUCACCUGGGUCUCUUCGCCGUCACCCCUGUGUUCCCCGAGAGUUCUCUCCCCUCUCGCCUCCCUGCACGGACACCUGCUCCAUCUCUGCUUCCCAGAGAUCCAGCUCCCAGCCCUGAAUCCAAACCAGAUGAACCAAUAAAAAUGGUGUGCAGCCUGGCCGUGUGUCCGGGGACU